AUGUUGCCCCGGCCGAGCCUACCGCUCCGGCCCUGCCGCAGCCCCCGGUCCCUGCCGCGUCUCAGCGGCACCAGCCAGCCCACGACGCUCCCAAGGCGAGCUUUCUCCGCCACCGGCCCGUCUCAAGACUACGCCUCGACCCUCAAGAACCUCCGGAUAGGCAAGCACACCCGGGUCAUGUUCCAGGGGUUCACGGGCAAGCUCGCCACAGCCAACGCCGCCGAGUCCAUCGCCUGGGGCACCAACGUCGUCGGCGGCGUGACGCCCGGCCGCACCGGCGAGCACCUCGGCCUGCCGCUGCUGCCCACCGUGCAGGACGCCGUGGAGCGGCUCCGGCCCGACGUCACGGGCAUCUACGUCGCGGCGCACCAGGACGUGCCGGGGGCCGUCGAGGAGGCCGUCGCCGCCGAGGUGCCGCUCGUCGUCGCCGUGGCCGAGCACAUCCCGCUGCACGACAUGCUGCGCGUGCACGCCAUGCUCAAGACGCAGAGCCGGUCGCGCCUCGUCGGCGCCAACUCCCCCGGCGUCAUCUCGGCGACGGGGCGGUGCCGCGUCGGGUUCCAGCCCCUGCCGUGCUUCGCGCCGGGCAAGAUCGGCGUCGCGGCCAAGUCCGGGACGCUGAGCUACGAGUGCGUCGCGUCGACGACGCGCGCUGGCCUGGGCCAGAGCUUGUGUAUUGGCGUGGGCGGGGAUAUCCUCCCUGGCACGGAUCUGAGGGAGGCGCUGAUGGUGCUGGCGGAGGAGGAGGACACGGAAGGGAUUGCGCUCAUUGGGGAGAUUGGGGGAUGGGGUGAGAUGGAGGCUGCGCAGUGGAUCAAGGAGUACAAUGCCCGGACGGCGAAUCCAAAACCGAUCGUUGGUCUAAUAGGAGGUGUUCAUGCGGCGCCGGGCCGUGUCAUGGGCCACGCCGGUGCCUUCACGGUCCUUGGCGAGCCUGAUGCUCGUGCAAACAUUGCCGCCCUCGAAGCCGCGGGGGUGACUAUGGUCAACCACCCUUCGAAGAUUGGAGACGCUCUCAAGGCAAGAUUGGCAGAGCACACCAAAACCACCAGCGGCGGACAGCCAUCGUCCCCAUUCAAGUCUGGAGUACAACAGCGAGGCAUUCACACUGCCGUCCGCAGAGCCAGAACAACGCAACCGAGAAGCCCUCAGCACCAACAGAAACGCCAUCUCUACAUCCGCGAAGACCAAGCCUUCGACCUGCUCCGGCAGUACGGCGUCACGGCAGCAGAGUACUCGGGCAAGGGCACCCGCCGGUUCCUCGCCAUCAGCAUCGACCGCUCCACGCGAUCCCCCUGCAUCGUCGCCUCGCCGACCACGGAGCCCGACCUCGCCGUGUCGCAGACCAAGCGGUUCCCCUUCGACUACAACCGGGGGCUCGACGGCCUGCAGGCCAACCGCAUCGCCGAGCACCUCAAGCUCGGCCCCCGCACGGGCGACUCCCUGCGCAAGGUGCUGGGCAGCCUGGCCGCCAUCUUCUACGACAAGGAGGCCUUCCUGCUCGAGACGCGCGUCGUCGAGCGCCUGGGCGAGGUCAAGAUCGUCAACGCGCGCUUCGGCUUCGACGACGCCGCGCACCGCACGGCGAACCGCCAGGCCGACAUCCACGCCCUGAGGGACCCCGCGGCCGAGGACCCGGCCGAGGUCGAGGCCGAGCGGGACGCCAUCGUGCUCAUCAGGCUCGGCAGCAGCGACGACAGAAGCUGCAGCAUCGGCACCGUCGUCAACGGCGCCGGCCUGGCCAUGAACACGCUCGACGCGCUGGCCGACGCCGGCGGCCGCGCCGCCAAUUUCCUCGACACGGGCGGCAAGGCGACGAGCGAGACUGUCAAGAAGAGCUUCGAGCUCGUGCUGCGCGACGAGCGCGUGCGCGUCAUCUUUGUCAACAUCUUUGGCGGGCUGACCCGCGGCGACAUGAUCGCGCGCGGCGUCGUCCUGGCGUUCGAGGAGCUGCGGCCCCGGGUGCCCGUCGUCGUGCGCAUACGGGGCACCAACGAGGCCGAGGGCCAGCGGAUCAUCGCCGAGAGCGGGCUGCCCAUCUACGCGUUUGAUGACUUCGAGGAGGCGGCGGCCAAGGCCAUUGAGCUUUCGGGACAGUGA